UCGAGUUAACCCACUGAACUGUGGGACACACACGCCGAGCGCACGAGCCAGAGAGAGAGAGAGAAAGAGUGAGAGACACUGAUUCACACACAGGGAGAGAGAGAGAGAGUUGCAGGGCAGAGAUCUGCAGCAGCAUGCUCCGGCAGAGUGAAGAACUCCUGCGAGAGGACCAGACCCACUCCUGAUCUGCGCUCUCAAGUUCACCGCUGAAUUCUCCACUUUUAACAACUUUGACUCUCUCACUUCGACUCUCCAGACGACGGCACGGCUUCUUCUACAAUUUCCUCCCGUGGAUGAGUGCAGGAAGCGUGGAUGGUUAUGUAAGUGUUACCCGGGGAGGAGUGGGGGGGCUCCGAGGGUUUAUGUAGGAAUUAUAAUAACAGCUUUUUAUCGAGUCAAACACUCAGACUCAGUGUUUUUACAGUCCAGGUGAGAGUUUGUGGUGAGUCUGAUUCUCUCUCUCCACCGUGUUUGCUUCUUUUUUUACUCUUUGUGCGUGUGUGUGAAGUUUGCACCUCCAUAGACCUGUUGUCCAUGUGCAUGAGAGACCUGCAGAGCUGCAUGGAGGUGUCUUUAAACAGUCAUAAAUGUUGAUGAAGUAUUAAGUGAUUUUAAAGCCUGUUGGGGACGUUGUGAAACAGGAUUUUAGGUCUACAUUGUUCCUCUUCUUCGUGUUUGGGUGUCUUUAAAUCAGUCUUCAGUGUUUUCACUCACUACUGUUUGUUAAAAUCAAACUGAACACUGACUUCAACACUUUUAGAGUCUUUUCCUGAUGUUUUCGUGACUUUUGGACGAUGUCGCCGUGCGUAAUCGCGCAGUACUUUACUGUAUAUUAGAUUUUUACGCGUCUGUUGUGCAGAAAAGUGAGUCAGCUGCUGGUUUGUUAAAACACGCUAACUAAGAAGGAUGUUGGAUCUGGUUUCUGCACAUUUUUGGACUCUUCUGUGUUCGUUUCCUGUUCCUUUGCCUUCUCUUUGACGCGCUCCGGGUUUGGAGCAUGUUAGAUGCCGGUGCAGGUUUCCCCUCCGGACCUCCAUCUUGGAUUAUUGCGCAAUUGUUUCACCUGGUGGUUCAUUAGUGGGGCACCAAAGUUUUCGGGGAGCAGACACCAAAAAGCACAGAGGAGAUUAUUCUCAGAUUUGAGUCAGGGAGCUGGAGCAGGCUGAGGAGUGGAGGGCAUGAGGAGAAAGCGUGCAGAGGCAGUGAUUCAGGAGACAUUGACAUAAUUCAGCUGGUUCAUUUUCCCGCCAGCAGGGGCAGACAGACCUCCCACAUUCUCCAGGAAGACUCCACCAAGUUUAACCCUUACUUUUCUCUCGUUUUUGUGGCUGUGGUGGAUUCACACAACUGCACAACUCAAGUUCAAGAUCCCCAAAGUAAGACAGUAAGAAUCUCAACGACAUUUACUAAAAACUGAAAGUGUUUCCAUCAGAAUUGUUCUUUAUUUAACUUUUAUAUUUCACAUUAAAUCUCUGCAUUAUCCCUUAAUACUGUGAAACCAGUGCUCGCACAGUCAAUUAGUCCGUGUAUUAUCCAUCCAUUUAAUUAUUCUGUUCAAUCUAGUAAACAAAACAUGAAGAAACAAGUCAAUAUUUUGUUUGUUUUUCUAUAUAACAAAAAAUAAAGAAAUAUUGUUUGUUUUUAUAGUUUCAGUUUAAAACAGAACAAAUAAUAGAGAAGGAAAUGAAGUUGGAAAAAAGGCAAAAUCACAAGAUGGCUACAUCUUGAAAAUAGGGUGAGCACUAAAAUAACUUUUGUAGAUGUAGUUUUAUAGGGGCGGGGCUUUCCCCCACCGUCCUACAAAAAAAAAUAAUGAAGCAUGGAUGAUUCACAACAGUUAACCGCCUGUUUCACAAUCUUAUACUGUAGAAAUAACAAGAACUGUGUUGCAUUAUGGGAUGGUAACUUAAAUCUGACCCAGACUGUCUGCAAAGACCCGACUCUUUUGGCUCCUAAAGAACCAGGAGGAGGAUUCUGGUCUGUUUUGACACGGCUGACAUUAUUUCAGACUCCAUCAGCUGAUUUUUGCACAUGCAUGCUUCGGCACGUGACAGACUUCUGACUUGUCCUCCACCUGGUUGUUUUUUUAACAGUGAAAUAUUCAUUCAGUGAACUUCGAGAACGUUCAAAGACUGACAGCCCUCAUGUAAACAUGCAAACAACAAGUUUCCAGAUGCGUCUCUGAACCUUUCUCUUCAUGAGGAUCGAGAACUUUUGUGGAGUUAUGACUCAGUUAAUGUUGCUUUUUUAUUCUGCGUCUUCAGAUUAAUCCUGAGGGGAUCACACCUGUCACAGUCUGAUAAUAGUUGGAGUGAAUGUUUUUGUCCCGGAGCGCUGUGUUAUUUGAUGAAUGAGCCACACUGGGGCUUUAAUGAGAUGAUAAGAAGAGGGCGAUGACAGUUAUUUAUCAUGUGCCAGACUCUUUCGCCAACACGUCUACGAUCGUGCAGACACUCCGGGGUCAGAGCUCCACAUGCAGACUAGUUAAUGGUGGUAAUGGUAAUAUAUUUAUGUGGAUCAUUAUCGCUGACGUGAUGCGUUUGGCCUCAGGACUCAGGAAGAUCAAAAGGGUUGAAGGUGAAAAUAACAGUUUCUAGAUUGAAGCAGCUGUUGAAGUUUUUAAUGCGUUUUUAAAGUGUCGAAAAAAAUAAUCUUCAUUAUUUUUUCCAUUAUUCGGCUCAAUGCUUCUUUUGUCUUCAAGCAAGAGAGAUGCUGUAUGAUGCAACCCUCUCUUCAUGUUGUUGGUUCGGUUGUGAUGAGCUGCAAAGAAAACCAACCUUGAGUGAUUCAUUGAGUGAGUGAUUUCUGCAGGAUUCAUCUGUAUUUAAGACGUCAAGAUAAGCCCGCUCCCCGGAUAGUUCCCUAUGAUCGUGCGAAGCAGCGUUAUAACCAGAGUUCAGGUUUUUACUGCGUGUUUAAGUGGAACAAAGAUGAAUCUACCAUCACAUACAGGAUAUAAACGCUGUCAAUUACAGCCUUUUACAGUUUGUGCAGAUCUGAUCUCAAACUUCAGCCCCUCAGGAGUAAAUGUGAACUCUUUAUGUGUCGGAUUGUGUUUGCAGGUUGUGAUUUACUCAGACUGGCUGUUAACAUCCAACCCUGAGGAAUUCAGCCCCUAUAUAAAGUCUUAAUACAAGUUACUGAUGAGUUAUUAAUUUAUCAAAUCAGCAGCUGGAUCCGAGUCGGACCUUUAGAGCUGCUGUUGAUUUCAUCAUUUUCUGUGAGGAAUUUUUGUCUGUUAUGUAACGGACUAAAUUAAUGUUUAGUAUCCUCAUGCCAGCUCCUACACAUCUAACCUCCACCUCCUCCUUUUGACGCCAUACCUGGUCGCACCAGAGUUGGGGUCUUUGCAUUGACAGGUCAGGGGAGUCGUACCACCACCAGUUAAAACUCCUGCAUGUAGAUAUAUCAAUAUCGUCAUUUUGCCUAUAGUGGUCCUUCUGACCUCGUUCUCAGCUCUCAUACUUACAGGGUGUUUCCAGAACCCCCUAAAGAGCCCGACUCUCCUCUUUCAUAACGAGUUUAAGUAACAGGAACGAACACACUAACAGUAUUCCAUCAUCUUGUUUCUGUAUUUGUAACAGCUGUAUGGAGGUGAAUGUGUUUGUUUGAUCUAUUAUGGUAACAGGAACAUUAUGUUUUAUGCGUAUUCAAGUGUCAGCAUUUAAAGGGUUAAUUUAGGGUCAAACCCACCGUAACACCGAGUUAGACCCCCCCUCCAAAGAUGAAUGUUGUCGACCGCUUGUUUCUCUAGUUAUACCAACUUUAGUAACGACCGCAGGAUAGAAAUACAGAGAGACACGCCCCCAACCAAAACGCCACUCUAUAGAGAGACUAAACACAACUCACCUACUCUCUUCCAGCAGACGCUUGUCCAUUACGGAUGACAGCGGGGUGCCGCAGCUCAAGGAAGAACAUUUAUGAUCAUUUCUUUAUCAUUUCAUUGAAGUAAUAAUCACCAUACUUAUCAUUUUGCACUGCAGACACGGUAGUUCUUCUGCCUUAGCGUCUCAGUCUGAUUGCAUUGAUUGCAAUGAUCAUAAAUGUUCUUCCUCAUCCGUAAUGGACAAGCGUCUGCUGGAAGAGAGUAGGUGAGUUGUGUUUAGUGUCUUUGCUAAAGAAAUGAGUCAAAGUUAAAAAGAUGUUUGGUGUCUAGUACUAUGUCUGUGACCCUAUAUGUCCUGUUGAUGAAGUUAGGUGCUGUUCUGAGCAUUAUUUGUGGAUAUAGAGUGGCGUUUUGGUUGGGGGCGUGGCUCUCUGUAUUUCUAUCCUGCGGUCGUUACUAAAGUUGGUAUAACUAGAGAAGCAAGCGGUCGACAACAUUCAUCUCUGGAGGGGGGGUCUAACUCUGUGUUUUUGACCCUAAAUUUUACGCUGGAAUAUCCCUUUAAAGUAAGGUGAAAUCUGAGGUGCAGAGAGGACGGAUGUCAGCGAUCAUUCUCUGUAAAUGAUGCGUUUACUGUCACUCCCUUUAUUUCCCUUAUAGCUCAGUCUUGUCACACUAUAUCAUCUCUGCUGCAGGUUCUGGGUCCAUACCGCCCUGUUGAUGCUUUACUGUAAACGUCUAUAGGUGUGCAUUCAGAGCUCAUCGUGCACAAUAGGUAACAAAGGAGACAAUGUAUAAAGUGUAGGACUCGAUCUGAGCUGGAAGGGGCCAUAAAGUACAUGACAGACAAGGAAUGCAGCCCCCAGAGAGACCCCAGAGGAGCUGAAACCCCCUCCUUAUCACACACACACACACACACACACAGACCUACAUCCACACACCCACACACUCAUGUUCGGACCCUUUAGGGAACGAACAAUCCCCUCUUGCAAUGCGGUUCCUAAUCUCUAGCUACCAGACACAACUUUGAUGUAAACCCCCUCCCCUUGUCCUCCGUGUCCCCUUUCCGUGGGCCCCUCACUCUCUGCCCUCCAUCCUUCCUCGCUCCUCUGAAUUCAGUCUCACUUCCACCUUUCUCCCCUCGUCGUUUCUCAAAGCGGAGGAGAUGCAGAGC